AUGGAAAGACAGUUAUUUCGAGCCGCGUGUUUGACCCUGAUCUUGGGCACCGUCCUGUCGUGCGUCGCUUCUGACACAACUGGACUGGAGACUGAGGCUGAUUUCAAAACCACCAUCCCGAAAGAAGGGCUCCAGAGGGACCUAGAGCAAGUCUUCUCGCUUGGACCAUCCAGCACUCUGCAGGUUAUCGACGAAACCGGGAAAGCCGUCUAUCUUCCCGAACCCAGCCAAAGUGUUGAUGGGGCGUCGUCGGGCCCGUACAGUGCCGCGUAUCGAUUUGAUAACGGAGCGUGUGAUUUCAGCAAGACAAUCGAGUUCAAGGAUGCAUUUCCUGGGUACACAAAGCCACUAUGGGUUCACGAGGACUCGGAUUCGGUGGAGAGUGGGAAGGUAUCCGUGAGAGGGCCUGUGAGGUACACGUUUACGAAUCCUCCGGCGGAAUAUCUGGGUGGGGGUUUGAGUUUUUGUGUACGGUUCAAGACGGUGGUGGCUGCCGGUUCGGAUGCAGAAACCAGCACGUCGACCACGGCGACAUCUUCGGAUUCUUCAAAUGAUUCGCAAACGGAAACACCCCCGGAAGAGGAGGAGCACCUGUUGCCUGGGGAUCAACACGUGGGUUCUGGUGGAGGCGCUGGGGCAAGUGGCGGUGGUGGUGGUGGGUCUGGCUCGCACGGCGUUGAGGAUCUGGGAGAAGGCGGUCGGGGUGAAAGCGCUGAACCAGCCCCAAGCACAGUUCGAAUCGACAACGAUAGAAAUGACGCUGCAGAGCCGCAUACUGAGCACAAUGGUGCCCAACGUCUGCGGCACGGUGGGGGAUCACAGCCAGAGAGUGGUGCCCCGAAAGCAAACGAGAACCCUGCAGCAACCCCAGCUCCCUUCUCCACUGAGGAGACAUCAGGAGACAAAGUGCAGUCUCCUACGUCAGCACCUAUCGAAACAUCAACUCCAACUAUUGAUGUCUCAGUGCCGGAGGAUGGCCAAGUCACAGGAGACGCAAACGCACGCGCGGAUGGCCAGGAGGGCAGUGUUAGCGAAAAGAGCGGCACUCUUUCGAGGCGCCUCAGUGAGACUAAUGCAGGGAAAGAGGCGUACUUGACCAUCCUAGUUCACUCGGCGGCGUGGGUCUUUGCAAAUGGAUUGAGUGCAACAUCAGUUUUUCUUCUCGCUGCAGCAGCUACGCUGUUGCCGAUUUCCUAA